AUGGCCUCUUCGGAAGUUCAAUAUGACUUUAUCGUCGUCGGUGCUGGUCCCGCUGGCUGUAGCGUUGCUAGAGGCCUUGCACAUGCCACAACCCGGCCCUCGGUCUUGUUAGUCGAAGCUGGCGGGGAGAACAGCGAUGUUAACCAGCGAAUCAUGGGAAAUCUAUUCGUUCAAAUGAUGGAACCCUCUUUAGCAAAUCCAUACAAGAGCAGUCCCCAAGAACACCUCGCUGGCCGCGAGAUAGACCUCAUGAGAGGUCGAGGUCUGGGAGGCUCAUCAACCGUCAACUUUACCACAUGGACAAUCGGGCCUCGCGAUGAUUGGGAUACGAUGGCUGAGAUCACCGGUGACUCUGCUUGGAGCUGGGGCAAUGCCAAGGAACGUUUCAAGAAGCUCGAAACGUAUCACGACAAGGUCCCCGAGGUACCUGAGGGAGUCAAGAAAUACCUGGAUCCAAAGAGUGACGAUCACGGCUACCAGGGACCACUACACAUCGGGUUCGAGGAUAAGUGGGAUGGCUAUGCCACUUCUUCGAUGGAAAUUUGGGAGGCCAAUGGCUAUGAUAUCAGCACUGACACCGGCAACGGCGAAUGCUUGGGCAUCUCCGUCGCCCCAAAGACCAUGUAUCGAGGAACAAGAGCCACGGCUGCCGACUUGCUCUAUCCUACUCCAGACAACCUGCAUAUCAAGACAGAUUCACCGGUCCAUCGCGUAAUUUUCGAGAACAAGAAGGCCGUCGGCAUCUCCCUGCUGGAUGGAACCAUUCUCAGGGCAACGAAGGAGGUCAUUCUCUCAGCUGGUAGCCUCGACACUCCUAAGAUCUUGAUGCAUUCUGGUAUUGGACCCAGAGACCAGUUGGAAAGGUUUGACAUUCAACAAAUUCUCGAGAAUCCAAAUGUUGGUCAGAACUACAAGGACCACUACCAUGUUGCACUCAAAUUUGGCCGAGCCGAGCAUACCGACAACAUCACGACUUUCUUCCGCAGCAAGGCCCUUCAAGACGCUGCCAAGCGUGAGUGGGAGCUAUAUCGGACUGGCCUUUGCGUGACGAAUGGCACAAGCAUGAAUAUGGGCUUCUUCAAGAGCAAUGCCGUACUCCAGAGCAAGGAGUUUAAGGAUCUGCCGGCGAGUGAGAAGAAGCGACUUCAACGACCUACUAUCCCCACUUAUGAGAUCGCAACAGCAGGCAUCGCGCAAGAGUAUUACACAGAUCCUCAUACGGUGCCGCCUUUGUUGCCAAUCAUGGUCUUUGUGCACAACUCCCAAGGCGUCGGAAACGUACGGUUGGCGUCUAGGGAUCCUGCAAAGCCGUUGAUCUUCAACCCUUCAUUUGCCUCGCACCCAUACGACAAACGGGUCAUCAUAGAGGCGACCAAAGAGGUUAUGAAGGUUUCUAGAAGCCCGGAAUUCCAGAAGGACGCUCAUCCUACGCAAGCCAACUUUGACGUCCCCGCGAGCGACAGCGACGAGGAUAUUCUCGACUUUUGGCGCAAGAACUGCACUAGCACGUGGCAUAUGAGUGGCACAUGCAGCAUGGGAUGUAGUGAAAAGGAUGGAGCAGUUGUCGACACUGGGUUUAGGGUCUUUGGCGUGAGCGGACUAAGGGUUGCUGAUUUGAGCGUCAUGCCCAUCAUUGCGAGUUGCCACACGCAGUCGACGGCUUACCAAGUCGGCAUGCUUGCAGCGGAGAAGAUUGUAGCCGAGUAUUCUUUGAAUGGUCGUGCUCGGCUGUAG